CUGUUUUUAGGGAUAUAGUGAUUCCAAAGUCUCAUGCAAUUCAACAACGACGAAUGAAGACCGAAGUUUCAAUUGAUUCCGACGACGAUGAUGCUUUUUUUGAUUCCGAAGACGACGACGAUGAUCAGGAUGAAUCAAAAUGCCAAGAAUGUCCCGUAGUGAAGCCUACGUUCCUUUGUGGAAACGACAAUCGUACAUACAGUUCGCCAUGCCGUCUCGAGUACCAUAACUGCAUUCACCAUACUUCCGUCCACAUUGCCUGCAAAGGUUUUUGUCCAUGUAAAGGAAGACCGUACGCUUGCGGAAGAACGCCAUCGCUCAGGAGUAGUGUUCUUGAUUUCGCUGUGGAUAUGUAAUUAUUCUUCCUCUAUCGCAAUAAUAAAG